AUGAUUGGGGCAGUUUUGAAUUCCUUUGGGGUAGGGGGUCAAAGUCAAACCCCCAUUGGUGUAUCACAACCAAAUAUGCAGUUUAGCAUUCCCAUGCAAGUUACCCAAGGAAAUGAAAGAAAUCCUAGUCCUAGUCAAUCACCAGCACAUCCAAUUCCUGAUUCUUUGAAAACAAUUUCUGAUUUUAUGAACCAUAUGGAGCAAGCACUAUCACAAAAUGGGCAUCACCCAUCAGAUAUUAGUGCAGUAGAAUUGCCUUCUAAUGCUCGUGGCUUACCAUCACCAUCACCUUUGGCAGUUAAAAUAGCAACACAUCUUGAGGAAGAGGAAGGUUGUACUGAUGAUGUCACAAUGAGAACCCAAAUCCAAUCACAAGCCAUGCAGUAUGGGCUUGCAAUGCAACAUUUAGGUGCUCUUUUGCUAGAGCUUGGUCCUACAAUGCUCACAUUGCAUAUUGGAGAGUCUCCUGCUGAAUCUUCUGUAAACGCUGGGCCAGCUGUUUAUAUAUCUCCAUCAGGUCCUAAUCCUAUAAUGGUUCAGUUUUGUGGUCAACUCUCACUAUAUACACACACUUGUAAAAUUUAA